UCGCCUCGCCUGUCAUUUAUAAUCAGUCAUCACUGCUAUUAAACGCAUGGAGGGCGUUUCAAUUAUUCUAAAAAAUAGUGCUUAAAAGACGGGAAGACAUCGCAAAUUUUUAUUAGGGUCUCAAAAUUGUAGAUGAAGAAAUAAUUUCGCAAUGUUUUCCACGCUCCCAAGAUCAUUGUUACACAACACAAGCUCAAGUGUUCCCAACAGAGUGCUUGCACUAGCCCUAGCGAAAUGCCCUACCAUUGGCGAUUGCUCCUCCCCGACCCGGGCCCAUCACGAGGUCACCGGGGACAUAUUGUGCCCCAACAUGGUUCGAGGAAUAGAUCAUCUAAAAGACCCUCGUCUUAACAAGGGCCUCGCCUUCACAUUAGAAGAACGGCAAUAUCUCGGCAUCCAUGGCCUCUUAGCUGCCAAGUUCAAAACGCAAGAAGAACAACUGGAUAUCUGCAGGAUUUCUAUAGACAGAUACGAAGACAAUUUGAACAAAUACCUCUACCUCGUCGAGUUACAGGACAGGAAUGAGAAGCUAUUCUUCAGGCUUCUCUCGGAGAACGUUGAGAAAUACCUGCCGAUUGUUUAUACACCGACCGUGGGUUUAGCUUGCCAGAGAUUUGGCCUCAUCUACAGAAGACCUAGAGGUCUAUUCAUUACAAUCAACGAUAAAGGACAUAUUUUCAACAUCCUUAAAAAUUGGCCGGAACCAGACGUUAGAGCCAUUGUAUUCACUGACGGUGAAAGAAUCUUAGGUCUUGGUGACCUCGGAGCCUAUGGCAUGGGCAUUCCUGUGGGAAAGCUGUCGCUGUACACUGCCCUAGCUGGCAUUAAACCUCAUCAGUGCUUGCCCAUCACGUUGGACGUUGGAACUAACAACCAGGAUCUCCUAGAAGAUCCUCUUUACAUUGGUCUGAGGCAGAAACGCGUCCGUGGCAAGGAGUAUGACGAUUUUAUCGACGAAUUCAUGGAAGCCUGUGUCCAAAAAUACGGGCAAAAUACUUUGCUCCAGUUUGAAGACUUCGCCCUUCUGAACGCAGGGCGCUUGCUAGAGAAGUACCGCAAUAAGUACUGCACGUUUAACGACGACAUCCAAGGCACGGCCAGCGUGGCUGUUGCGGGUCUGAUGGCCGCCGUGCGCAUCACCAAGAGGAAGCUCAGCGAGAACAUCUAUAUGUUCCUUGGCGCAGGCUCUGCCGCCAACGGCAUCGCAAACUUGACCGUCGCCGCGAUGAUGCAAGAAGGUCUGACGGAGCAGCAGGCGCGCGAUCGCGUGUACAUGUUCGACAUCGACGGGCUGCUGUCCACGAAGCGCGAGGGCGGAGUGCCGCCGCAUGCGACAGCGUUCGGCAAGAACAUCGAGCCGGAGAAGGACUUCGCGGCCGCUGUCGCUAAGAUCAAACCUAGCUGUCUUAUUGGUUGCUCGACGGUGGGUGGGUCGUUCACGACGGAGAUUCUGAAGCAGAUGGCGAAGAACACCGACAGGCCCGUCAUCUUCGCGCUGUCCAACCCCACGAGCAAGGCGGAGUGCACCGCGCAGGCGGCUUAUGAUCAUACUGAUGGUAAAUGCGUGUAUGCGUCCGGUUCGCCGUUCCCCCCCGUGAAGUUCGGCAACAAGGAGUACCUCACGGGACAGGGCAACAACUCGUACAUCUUCCCCGGCGUCGCGCUCGGUGUCAUCGCCACACAGACGCACCACAUCCCCGAGGCUAUGUUCCUCACCGCUGCCAGGACUCUAGCUAACUUUGUUAGUGAGGCGGAUUUGAGCCUUGGACGUAUUUACCCGCCGCUAUCCCAAGUGAAAGAAGUGUCUCUUCAGAUCGCAAUUGAAGUCGCCAAGAUGGCUUACGAUGAAGGUUUAGCGUCAUUGUAUCCAGAACCAAAAGACCUCUCCAAACAUGUCGAAAGCCAAAUCUACGAUUUUAACUACGAGAGCGCCAUGCCGGAAGUCUGGCAAUGGAAACCCGAAGAAACGUUCAACGUCCGACCUAUCCAGCCCGUUCCCAAAAACAUCUAAACGCGGUAAACUUGUUAUGAACUAGCCGGUUUACUUGUCUCUAACGCAUUUUUCUUACUUUUCAGUAACAUGUUUUGCAUGAGCAUUAAGUUUAAUAAUAUGACAAUAGCGAAUCAAUAAUGCAAAUGCGGUACGUAUACCUAAUGACUUAUAUGAAAAGUAUUACCCAUUUAUUACUAAUUUAAAAAAAGUACCCACUACAAGUAACCUUUAUAUGUAAGUAUUUAUUUUCAAGUAGUAAACUAGUUGUUGCUAUGUAUACUAGCACUUGCAGAAGUUUGUAGCAUUAGGAAACAAAGUUCAAAUAUGUGUAUUUAUAUUCAUUGUAUGAAUAUCGUAUCGUGAUGCCUUUCUACGGUACGUAUUCCAACUAGCGCGAUUUUAAUUAAGUUAUUGAUCCCAGUAAAUUUGUUCCAAGGGAAUGGUCUGUUUUGUGUGUCGCUAUGAAUUAUUAUUAUUAAGUUAUGAUACUAUCGAAGUCAGAUGCUUUCCUCUAACUCUGACUGCUAAAAAAUAAAAAUAUGCCUGACGCUGCUCAGGCGUAAAUAUUAUAUGUACAUAGUAGGAACUCUCUUACUGUCGCGUGGUGUUAGAGUUAAAUAUGGUUUUAUGUCGUCGACACGAUAAUCUUGUCCAUAACUUGACUAUAUGUAUUUUUAAUGAAGGGCGCAGUUAAUUAUGUUACAAAUCAAAUACAACAAGCACACAGAUAUGUGUAUAGUUCAGUUACAUAUGUAUUAAAGCGCUAGAUGGGAAUCGUACCAGCUUCGAUUACACAUAAUAUUAUUAAACAAUACAUAGUAUUUCAAAAAGUACUUAGUAUAUCAUGUUCAUAGUUGAAAUCGGAUGUAGAAUUUAUUAUUGUUUUAUUUGUGACUAAAUGGAAUGUUAUUGAAUAUUUAUUAAGCACCUAUUGACUAUCAAGUUUGUAAAACCAUUAACAUUUUUGGAUGUGUGGAAUUGUAUCAACUAUACGAUUAUGUAUUGAUUAUGUGACAUACGUAAUUAUUUCAUCGUUAAAAUCCAUGUCAUUCUGAUGAAUGUUGUGAGCGUUAUUAAACAAUAGGUAAUACGUAGUAAAUUAAAUAUGACCUUAAAAAGAAAACUCUAGUCACUGCAGCAUAAAAAAGUGUCGUGCAACAAUGCAGGUCGUCAUGUGUUUAAUGCAUUUUCUUAUUUUUGUUACAAGUUUCGUCAUCGAAAUGAAGUAUUUGGUAAAAGGUACCGACGACAUAAAUGACAGUUUUAUUAGCAUAUAUCAUAAAGCAUUUAUUCGAUAUGUCAUCAUCAAGGUCUCAUUUAACAGAAAACGUAAUGCAUAGGUACGAUAAGUUUUCAUGCAUAGGUACGAUGAUAAUGAUUAUUAUCAAACCUAAGAAUAAAUAUGUCUAUCACCAAUAUAUUGUCAUCAAAAUAUCUACUAUUAUUACUUAAAUGUACUACCUAUGUUACAUUUGUGUCUACCCACUACCCAAAAGGUAAUGGUAAAAUGGUAUGGCGGUAUCUCCCGGUGGUGAAAUCUAAACAUCUCGACUCGUAUAUAUAAAUUUAGCGUUUUCUGCCUGGUGGGACCUAAAUUAAACACUAAUGAAAUAAUGCACUAAAUUGUCUCCACUACUCGAACGCGUUAUUAUUUAUUAUUUUAUUACAUCAUUACCUACUUAUGAGUGUGAUUAGUUUACCUAUUUAUUUAUAUUUUCGGUUAAAUUAUUAAUAUUAAUCAUUUAGGUAUCUAAAGUUUGCCUUACUGAUUAUCAGUGUUACAAGUAUGCACACCAAGUAAAGAAAAGAUGCUUACGCGCCUGUUCUUAUCUCUAUUGCACACGCUCCAUUAUAUUGUUGUCCUGCUCGUACAGUGUCAUUAACCAUCGACUUCAUGGGCGAGACAGCAAUUAAUUACGCGCGUGCGAUGGAGAAAUUUCUCGUGCUUAGCGUCCGUUCUUUAUACCAAGACGCAUAAUAUGUAAUGUGAUAAAAAUUCACUUUAAUCCUAAAACAAACACACAAGUGGUCUCAAUUUUAUAACAAAGUGUUUUAAUAUUAAAAUGUUAUUCAUGAACACACAUGUAUUUUAAGCAAGGAAUAUCAUCAUAUAUUAUGGUCAUCUACUCAUAAAAAUUACCUGCUAUUUAGUUUUCCUGAACGUAUUCGAGUAGUGCUGAAACCUAAUUGCUACGUACGAAAACAUAUACAUAUUUAUACACGUGUAUAGUGUAAAUUCAUAUUAGAAUUAAAAUUUACGAAUUUGAUUUCGUUUAGUAUUAUUUUUUAUGUUCAGUAUUUGACAACAGUGAGACUUGUUCUUCGCAGGGCGAAACAUUUACCUCUUUAACCCUAUUUGUAAGUAUUACAAUGUCAUAAUUUAUUUUUAAUUAGGUUCGUAUCUGUCGAUACAAAGUGAUAUGUUGCUGUGACGAUGUAUGAUAAAAUGAUUUUACUGUACGAUUUUGUAGAAAUUGUUUUGGAUCGACGACGGUUUGCAUGUAAUUGACAUCAAGAAAAUAAAUUAAAAUAAAAAAUUUCAUCGACGAGGUGAAGUCAGCCAUAGGCAACAUUCACUUGUUUUUUCGUCAAUUAAUCAUUUUGGACUUACACAAGGAUCCUAUUUACAUUAUAGCGACGUAGAUCAAUUUUAUGAAUUAUUUUACGUAUACCUCUUUUGCAAUUUUAUCACAGGUUUAUUGUUUAGGUCUGUGUAGUUAAAAAAUUGUUGCAUACAAUUAUGGAUGUUACUAAAUAAACAUGUUCUAAACAAUAA